AUGAUAUCAUCGAUUCAACCAUCGAACGAAGGGACAGUUGCCCGCCAACGGACUUUUCAGGUGGCUGGAUUAGCAGGAAUGAGGCCUAUGAUGGGAUCCAGAAUUUCCGUCAGCAUCCCUUCACAGUACUGGUCGGGGCUCGUCCGCAACGUUAUUGGCGGUGUCGGCAGGGAGCGACGGGGACAACACCGCUUGGACGGGGCCGACGGACCCCGGCACGGUGCCGGUACAGUCCCAAAAGGCAACCGCCUACCUUGCGAAAUUGGCGAGCUGAUUGGGGACGCACGUGGCUACGUUGGUGCGAUCGCUCGUGAGGGUGCGGUUAGCGUUUUGGACGGUGCGAAUACGUACCGUUUCCGUGGCGCCACAAGAAACCAGUACGAGUGGCCGAGAUGGUUCAUCCAGACAGGAAGUGGCUACCGGCCAAGCUACGACGUGGGACGUUUGUGA